CCCCAGGCUUGGAUUGUAGAAGCAAGUUUUGAUGUCAAUGUUUAACUCAGGUCCUUGAUUUCUGUGCCUUUUUUUCUUUAUUAUUAACUCAGGAAUAUUUUUCAAGUUGCCAGAUUACAAGGACUCAGUGCGCAACAUUCAUCUUUAAAUCUUCUGCCUAUGGAGAGAAUGAGCAAAGGUUUUAACUGAAAGCAAAGACAUCAAACUAUUACUCUGUUUGAUGAUCUGAGAGUAUAAGAACAAAAUGAGUUAUUACGGCAGCAACUAUCGGAUUGUGAACAUGGAGGGGAAUGUGCCCAAGUACACUAACUGCCACCCAGAGAAUAUCAUAACCGAGAAACGAAGAGCAAGAAGACGAUUGCUCCACAAAGAUGGGAGUUGCAAUGUAUACUUUAAACAUAUUUUUGGAGAAUGGGGGAGCUACAUGGUUGAUAUUUUCACCACCCUUGUGGAUACCAAAUGGCGCCACAUGUUUGUGAUAUUCUCAUUAUCUUACAUUCUCUCUUGGCUGAUUUUUGGCUUGAUCUUUUGGGUGAUAGCCCUUCACCAUGGAGAUUUGUUAAAUGAUCCAAAUAUUACACCUUGUGUUGACAAUGUCCAUACUUUCACAGGAGCAUUCUUAUUCUCCCUUGAAACUCAAACCACAAUAGGCUAUGGCUUUCGCUGUGUCACUGAAGAGUGUUCUGUGGCAGUCCUUGUGGUUAUACUUCAGUCAAUCUUGAGCUGCAUCAUAAAUACCUUCAUCAUUGGAGCUGCCUUGGCCAAAAUGGCAACAGCUCGAAAAAGAGCCCAGACCAUCCGAUUCAGUUACUUUGCCCUCAUAGGCAUGAGAGAUGGGAAACUUUGCCUUAUGUGGCGUAUUGGCGAUUUUCGACCAAAUCACGUAGUAGAGGGAACGGUGAGAGCUCAGCUACUUCGCUAUGUGGAAGAUAGUGAAAGACGGAUGACAAUGGGAUUUAAGGACUUAAAGCUGGUCAAUGACCAGAUCAUCCUUGUGACACCAGUGACCAUUGUCCAUGAAAUUGAUCAUGAGAGCCCUUUGUAUGCUCUUGAUCGAAAAGCAGUAGCCAAAGACAACUUUGAGAUUUUGGUGACAUUCACUUAUACAGGGGAUUCCACUGGAACUUCCCACCAGUCAAGAAGUUCUUAUGUGCCUCGAGAAAUUCUCUGGGGCCACAGAUUCAAUGAUGUUUUAGAGGUGAAGAAAAAAUACUACAAAGUAAAUUGCUUACAGUUUGAGGGAAGUGUUGAAGUAUAUGCUCCCUUCUGUAGUGCCAAGCAAUUGGACUGGAAAGAUCAGCAGCUACACAACCUUGGGAAAACAUCCUCAGGCAAAGGAUCAGGAAUGACUGAAACCAAAGUUAGACGAAGGUCAUUUAGUGCAGUUGCCAUCGUUAGCAGUAGUGAAAAUCCAGAUGAAAUGACCAAGACCACAGCUGAUGAGAAUAAUGAAACGCCAUAUCAGAAAGCUCUUCUGCAACUAAAUAGAAUCUCAGUAGAGUCCCAAAUGUAGCCUGCAGUGGCAGUUACAAAUGGAUUACUCUCUCCAACCAAGUUUUCUCAAGAUAGCCACAAUAAGGCAAAUGGCUUGAAAUGACCUGAAAAGAGAAUUACAGUCUAGAUCUUGAAAGUUAGUUUUUGUUACUAUAAACCUGGAUAGGCACAAAGAUAGAAGAGGAGCAUGAUUAAUAGAAAAUCCAAUAAUCUCUCGCUAUCAAAAUGUUUCGAAGUCUAUUAGCAAUGUUGUAUUUAGGAAACAAAACUGACAGUUCUUACUGUAUCUUUUUUCACUGUCCCUGGCCGUUAUCCAAUGCAUGAGUCAUCGAACAGUAAAGUAAUUAAUAAUUAGAAAUCAUUUAUAUAAUGCUUUAUGAUUUACAAAGCAUUUUCUUAAUAGCAAUCUGGGAAAAAUGGUACAAUUAUUAUAUCAAUUUUACAGAAAAAGAAGCUAAAUAUCAGUAUCUGCUGCUAGUGACUAUGGGUAGUUGAUACUGGAACCAGAAUUUGAACCUAUAUAUUUUGACAUCAAGCCCAGGAUUCUUUCUCCUUUAUCUUAUGCUUAUCAAAGUGCCUAAGAUACUAGUCAUAGUAAAAGACUUUUAUAAGUAUCAUCUGACCUCUCCUUGCUGGAUUAACUCUUGAUUGUUCAAAAUGAUUUUUGUCUUUACUGACCCUUGAGACAAGUGGAGAAAGAUGCCUUUUUCUUUUUUUCAGAGCAUUCUAUUUUCCCUCAGUUCUCCAGUGAUGUGAAUGGUGAGAUUAAGGUAAUGAUAAGAGAUUGAGGUGAUUGCUAUGCUUUGACACCAUGGGCUUAAACCCAAUGUUUUGGGUCCCACUAUUUUUUGACCCAUGAUUGCCAUCAUUAACCACUCUCUUCAUGGUAGUGACAGAGAGAAGGGUCAGAAAGAACAAAGUUUAUGUUCAUUGAUUCACAUUGCAAAAUUACAAUAGAGAGAAAGGUUAAGGAUUGAUAGAUGCAGUGACAGAUAAGACUUUUUUUUUUACUUUAUCCUUGGAAUUAAAACAUAGCUGUGAUAGCUAAAAUUUGUACUCAUGGUUAUUUAUGGACAUGGUUUGGAACUUUGUCUUAUGUCCAAGGAAAAUAUUAUUCUCCAUAAGACCCUUGCAUCUGCCACCAUUGCAAAGGCUAAGUUGUAGAUUGGAACAAACUUUUUCUAAUGACUGAAGACUCACAUUUUGGUUUUUAGAUUAAAGAAGUUUUGUUUUGUGAUCUAUGAAAAAGUCUAAAUUCUAAUUCUAAAUGAUUACUGCAAAUAGUUUAUCCUAAACAACUUUUUUAUCCGGGAAAAGUGGAUAAAAAUCCUUGACAGCUAUAUUUGUAUAUGGCACAUUGAGUGAUUAAGAAGCAAUUAUGGGAACAAGGAUUGUUUUAGAGUGAAGAGAAGAUAAUCAUGAUGAUUUCUUUUAUAAUAUAUUCAAUUAUCUAGAAAAAAGAGAAAUGUCAUUGUAAAACUUGCAGUAUACUCUUACAUUGAAUCAGUGACUACCUUCAGUGUUCUCUGUUGUAUUGUAUUGAUUUUUAUAUACGCUAUAAUCUCUUGCAUCAGAUUUUUAUUGUCGCUAAAGUUACAUGAUUUCAUUGAUGCUUCAUCUAGAAUAAGAAUUGAUUCACAUAAAGUGAAAUUGGGAUCA